GGAAUCAGGCCAUUGCUACACAGCAGGGCAACACCAAUUUUGAUUGUGUCCUACACUAACUCUGACACAUGACACAUGCAGAGGAAACUGUCAUUGUCUUUUAAUCCUAAUGUGCAUCAGAAUAUGCCCAUAGUCUCAAUUAUUACUCUCUAAAAUAAUAAUAAUAAAAUAAUCACUUUGACAAGAAUAGGAAGAUUGAAAACAAAAAGGUCAAGGGAGGACAAGGCAGUGAACUGUGGGUUGGAAGAAAAUGUGGGAUGCUGGGAGUGGCGAUGUUUCACCCCUUUCCUUAAUUCAAGCUGCGGGGAUGAAAAGGCAAAAGCAGAAACUAUUCUAAUCAAGUCAAGCCAUUUACCUUAGUAGAACUGAGAUCUGUCAAACACACUUAAAUCAGCUGAUAAACAUAAAUGGAUCGUCAGACCAUUUAAGGGUGUUCCCCACCCCACUCUCUGCUCCUUCUCUACACCUCCCCUUUACCAGUUCCUAUGCAAAUGUAAUCACCACCCACCAUUAUAAAUACACCUAUUCCACUCAUACAUUGUCAGACAAGGGACAUGCUUCAAGUUUUGUGCUUCUCAUCAGUUUCUGUAAGAAGAUGGCUGCAGUGCUCAGUGCUCAUUUUAUUUUCAGAAAGUAUUCCCCUUCUGCAGCCCUACUGUUUCUACUGCUGUUUGCUGGGCCUUGCAGCACAUUGGCACUUCGCCCUGGUAGAGUAAGGGCUGGGAUGGAGGGACGAGCAAAGGCUGAGAGCGGGAUUAGAUCUGGCAAGGACAAGGGAGGAUAUGGGGCAAGUAUAAAGGGCAAAGCUGAAACUGGAUUUAGAGAAACUGUUGCAGGACAAGACAGAGAAAUACUGGGGGACACUGGCACAGUUACAGGGCUCAGAUCCACACAUUCUAUCGGUGAAGGUGGGCUGUGGGAGUCCCGCAGUUCUUCUCGGUGCGUCUCUAUCCCAUCAGGAAUGGCCUUGUGCCAAAACAUCGGCUAUGACACCAUGAGGAUGCCCAACCUGCUUGGCCACGAGUCGCCGGCUGAGGCUGUUCAACAGAGUGCCAGCUGGCUGCCGCUACUUGCCCGAGAGUGUCACCCUGAUGCUCGCAUCUUCCUCUGCUCUCUCUUUGCACCCAUCUGCCUCGACAGGUUUAUAUCACCCUGCAGGAGUUUGUGUGAAUCUGUCCAGGAUAGCUGUGCACCAAUCAUGAGUUGUUAUGGCUACCCAUGGCCAGAAAUACUGCGCUGUGACCAGUACCCUGCAGACCAUCUCAUGUGCAUUUCUUCAGUCACCAACAACACUCUUCAACCAGGGGGACGAAAAGUGCCUCAGGCGAGCUGUCGGGAUUGUGAGCUUGAAGAGUCCCCUUCCUCAAAAAACACACUGGAAGUUUUUUGUAGGAGUGAUUUUGUUGUCAAACUGCGUCUGACACGGCUCAAGUUCAGCCCAGUAACACUGUCUCAGUUCUCACUGGCUGCCAAAUUUGAUGUUCUGAAGCAUGGACCCUUGCUGGUUGGACAGAUUCGCUCUCGCAUUGAGCUGUGGCUGGAGAGGGAUGCCACCUGUGUCAGGAACAUGACCCGACAACAUCCACAGGGCGGCACCUUUUUAGUGACAGGAACAGUACAGGGUGAGCGCCUGGUGGUCAAUAAGGCUUACUUUUGGCAGAAACGUGACAAAAAUCUUGUGGCAGCAGCUCGCAAAUGGAAACAUUACCAAUGCAGGAGUUAGGAUUAUGUGCCGCAUUAGAAAGUGCAAAAUAUCGGACACCUAAAACAAGCUUUAUACAGAUAUGGCUAGGGAGAGCAUAGCGGUAGUAUUUAGGAUCUGACCUUAUAUUAUCAACUGUAAGCAUGCUUGUUUUCAAAACCUGUCUACAUCUCUGUGGUGGUAGAAGAGGAGAAAUGCAAUGAGCUGGUCACAAAGGUAAUGUGAAAAUACCACUAAUUAUCUUUCUGCUAAAUGUGGGCAAACAAAUGAAAGAUGCUAUUAAAAUGUACAAAAUUGUAAUUUUAAAAAUAUACUACUGAUUUAUAUUUGUAUGGCUUUGACAAAAAAAUAAAAUAAAAUUUGUUUUCUAAA